UCUUCUUCUGCCACAACACAUCUGUAAAGAAGACAGAAAAAUGGCGGACCUCAGGAAAAUCAGUUCUGGGUCUCUGCCCUAUGUAAACGUUUCCCGAAAAGUGUCAGUUCAAGGGAAGAUUUUUAUCCUACUCUGUAUAAUAUUGGCCGAACCCGGAGGAGCUACCACCCACUGGGUUGUCACUGAAGAUGGAAAAAUUCAACAGCAAGUUGACUCUCCUUUAAAUCUUAAACAUCCACAUGACCUUGUCAUCUUCAUGCGACAGGAGACCCGUGUCAACUACCUGAAGAAGUUAGAGAAGCAGCUUGUCGCUCAGAAGAUUCACAUUGAGGAGAAUGAGGACAGGGACACGGGCUUGGAGCAGAGGCACUAUAAAGAGGAUGCCGACUGUGUCAUGGCUAAAGUACCCCUGGGAGACUUGGAUCUCUACGAUGGUACCUACAUCUCCCUGGAGAGUAAAGACAUCAGCCCUGAGGAUUACGUAGAUUUUAGGUCCCCUCUACCCCCGGAUCUGGAGAAGCCUGACUGUGCCAGAGUAUUUGAGCUCCCAUAUAGUAUCCACGGUUUCCAGCAUCUCCGGGGCGUGCAGGAACAGGUGAACCUCACAUCUCCUCUGCUCUCUAAAGAGGACCCCAUUUUUGGCUCCCUGUCCCACAAACUGGGCCGCAGCAUGGACGAGGUGGGCCAUCGCAUCCAGCAGGGCCUGCUGAGGAACUCCUCAUCCUGGGUGCUGUAUAACCUGGCGUCGUUCUACUGGAGGAUAAAGAAUGAGCCCAGUCGGGCGGUGGACUGUGUGAUCCGGGCCCUGCACUUCUCACCCAGGCAGCACAAGGACCUGGCCCUGGUGAACAUGGCCAACAUCCUGCAUCGGGCCCACUUCUCGGCUGACGCUGCCAUCGUGGCUCACACUGCCCUGGAUUUGACCUCUGACCUUCUCACCAGCCACUACACCCUGGGCAACAUCUACGCAAUGCUGGGGGAGUAUAACCACUCAGUGCUGUGCUAUGAGCAGGCUCUCCAGGCCCAGCUGGGCUUUGAGCAGGCCCUGAGGAGGAAGCACGCCGUCCUCUGUCAGCAGAAACUGGAGCAGCGCCUGGAGGCCCAACACAGGUCUCUGCAGCGCACGCUGAACGAGCUGAAGGAAUACCAGAAACAGCAUGACCACUACCUGCGUCAGCAGGAGGCCCUGGACAAAUACAAGCUGCUGCAGGAAGAGCAGAUCCUCCGCAACAUCAUCCACGAGACCCAGAUGGCCAAGGAGGCACAGCUGGGCAACCACCAGAUGUGUCGUCUGGGCCAACAACAGAGCAGCCUGUUCUGCCCCUUGGACCUGCCGGUGCGUUAUCACCGUGGAGACCUGUUUGAGCACGUCCACCACAUCCAGUUUGGAGAGGAGGUCUCUGUGGCGGGCAGCGUUGCUCUGGUGUCGGAGCCCAGCACCAACCAGACCACCAGCUCACACCUCCACCCCUCUGUGUCCGGAGACCCUGAGCCUGCAGCCCUCUGGGGCCACCAGGCCUCCCCCACCGAAGACAUUCAGAGGCUGCUGUGGCCUCGGAGGGCAGACUGUGCUGAUGAGUUUCCUGUCAUCCCCCCCGCCCACCUACUACCCACCUUCUACCUCCCACCUGAGACACAGGGCCCCAGCCUCCAGACGGUGCUGUACGGUACCGGACCCCCUCCAUCCUCCCUGGCUUCUCCAGACUGUGGCCCUGUGCUCCAGCCCCCUCCAGCUGACCUGCCUGCCUCUGUGGACUGGACCUUGGAGGACAAGGAGCUGCCAGACCCUCACGCCACCCAGGUACUGCUGUCUCGCAGCAGAGGUUGGAGUUUGGAGCAGGCUGGUGCCAGCAUAGCCCAAGCCAUGAAGAAGGAUAGCGCCCCUGGCUGGUUGCUCCAGAACGAGGCGGCGUUGUUCUGGCGGGCGAAGGGUAACGGUACCAGCUCGCUGCAGUGUCUGCGCCACUCCCUGGCCUCGGCUCCGCCCACCCAGCGCCACCUGCCCCUCGUCAACGCUGCCAAUCUGCUUCUGCGCCACGGCCUCAGCGCCCACGCACACACUCUGCUGGAGGACGCCCUGGCACUCAACGCCUCUGAGCCCCACACUCUCCUGAGCCUGGUGAGCGUGAAUCUGGCCCAGGGCAACGUGACGGGCGCCCUGGACCUGUUCCGCCAGACCCUGGCUCUCUCUGCCAGUUGUGCCCAGUGCCGUGCCAGCCUGCCCCUUCUACGAUGCCUGCAGUUCUACCCCUUCCUCUACAACCUGCAGCGCUCACCAUGUCCGCAGGGUGCUUUGUGUGUCGGUGAGGAGGAUGUGACUCUACAUCUAGAUGAAUGGGAGGCUGGCAGUAGACAGAAGCAGCAGGAGGACCCCACCACCACGGCUGCCCAGGCUCUGCCUGUCUCCACAGUGGAGGAAGCCCUCCUGUUUGAGAAGGUGGUGCUGGACAGUAACGGCUCUGGAGAAGCAAGCCAACAGCCCGGAGGAGGAGAGAGGGAUGAGGAGGAGUGGCAGCUGAAGGAGGAGCUGAUGGGGGCCUUCGAGGGGGCUCUGGACGUAGGGGGCAAGCGGGGCGACCUGAGGGGCAUCCGCGUGCUGAAGAACGACCGGGUGAUGGGAGCGGGCCGGAGCGGAGGAGGGCCCUGCUUCGGGAACUGUGAGGAUGACGAGGGGGCUGAGUGGAUCACAUUCCAGGUGAAGCGUGUGAGGAAGCCCAAGGCGGACAGCCCUGAGGUCUGGGGCAGUGCUGAGGACACCCUGCAGGGGGAGACACUGCUCCCUGGAGGCCACUCUGUUCUGGAGAUCAGCGGCCCCACCAUCCCGUCCCCCGGGCCCUCAGGGCGAUGGAGGGACUAUACCGGUCUGGGCUGGCCGGGGCCAGAGGAGUGCCAGAGAACACGCAGGGUAGACCUCACCACCGUGGCCAGUACCUGGCUGGCCGUGUCUGCCAAGAACAUCGACAUCACGGAACACAUAGACUUUACCACUCCACUCCAGGAGCCUGCGGUGGAGCCAUUGUGCAACGCCAACCUGGCUGCCAGCAUGCACACCCUGGACCACCUGGCUGGCGUGGCCAACCGCGCCGCCAUCCACUACACCGGAGAGAGUCAACUCAGAGAGGUUCUACAGAAUCUGGGCAAAGAUAAGUUCUCCCCUCAGUCCUUUGAGCAGGUGGGCACGCGCAUCGCCAAGGUCUUGGAGAAGAACCAGACAUCUUGGGUCUUGUCCAGCAUGUCUGCUCUCUACUGGAGGGUGAAGGGUCAGGGCAAGAGGGCCAUCGACUGCCUACGCCAAGCCCUCCACUACGCCCCGCACCACAUGAAGGAUGUACCUCUGAUCAGCCUGGCCAACAUCUUCCAGAACGCGCGGCUGUGGGAGGACGCUCUGACCGUGGCCCGCAUGGCUGUGGAGAUCGCCCCACACUUCGUUGUCAACCACUUCACCCUCGCCAACGUCUACAUCGCCAUGGAGGAGUUUGAGAAAGCCAUGCGCUGGUAUGAGUCCACUCUGGAGCUGCAGCCAGAGUUUGCCCCUGCCAAGGACCGCCUGAGAACCAUCCAGUGUUACCUGCUAACCAAGAAGGACCGCCGUCUACCCUGAGACGACUCCACAGGAGAAGCCCUCGGCACACACACCAUACACACAUACAAAAACAUAACUUACAGUAGUUACUCGCAAGAAAUCGCUUGUUGAUUUUUUUUUUUUUUAAACGUUUGUUUUAAGUCUUUGCCAUAUAAUUUAUGUCUAAAGGAAUUCAGGGGUUCCAUUCACUGUGACCUCAGACUGUUCGUAGGGGGUAAAACCAACCACUUCCAUUCGCUGUGACCUCAGACUCUGGUCGUAGGGGGUAAAACCAACCACUUCCAUUCGCUGUGACCUCAGACUCUGGUCGUAGGGGGU